AGAAGACCCACGGCUUUUGGCGCCUGCCCUUUAGUGCUGCAGAAAAGAGAUAAAGGGAAGACAGACCGCGUGGUUCGGAGGCAUCAGCUAGGCAAUCCCUGUCGUUUUCGGUGCACAACAUGGGCAAGAAGCAGAAUACCAAGACUAAGAAGGAUUCACAGGACACACAGGAGGAACCUGAGGAAUUUGUUGUAGAAAAAGUACUUGACCAACGUGUUGUCAAUGGGAAAGUAGAAUUCUUCCUGAAGUGGAAAGGAUUUACAGAUGCUGACAAUACUUGGGAGCCAGAGGAGAACUUGGAUUGUCCAGAGCUGAUUUCAGGGUUUUUGGAAGCACAGAAGAACGUUAAGGAGAAGCCUGCUCCCGUUAAGAGGAAGGCAUCAACAGAUGAGCCGGAGACGGAAGCCAAGAAGAAAGAUGUGGCUGAGAAACCACGUGGCUUUGCUAGGAACCUUGAACCAGAACGGAUCAUUGGCGCAACAGACAGUAGCGGGGAGUUGAUGUUCUUGAUGAAAUGGAAAGACUCAGAUGAAGCAGAUUUGGUCCCUGCCCGUGAAGCCAACACUCGGUGCCCUCAGGUGGUCAUUUCCUUCUACGAGGAGAGAUUGACAUGGCAUUCCUGUCCAGAGGACGAAGCUCAGUAAUACUCCCCUCUGGUCCCUGCAGUCCCUUGCACGGCCUAUGCCCUUUUCCUCAGGACUGAAUUUUCUCCUUUGGCUUCCCCUCUAGUUUUAGCUUUGUUAGUUACUUUUGGAGAUGUUUCUACCCUCGCGUUGUGUGGCAGUCAAGGAGAGCUAUGUUGUUGUACAUAUAAAAUGAACAGAUGGUAAAAGAACAGGUGAUGGUGUUGUGAUGUUAAAUGAAGUCUUCCGUUAUCACGUUCGGAUUUAUGAAAUGGCAGUUCAGGAACCAUACUCUUUGAUAGACCACAGCACCACCCAUAUUUACACCUGGUCAAAUUUUAUAAAUUCAGAAUGGCUACUUUGGAUUCAUAAAACUGUCGACCACCUCUUGUCUCACCACCUCAUUCUCGUAUAACAUGCUGAUUUUUGUUUCUUCUUUUUUUCACACUAGUGCUAAUGUUUUGUUCUAAGAGUUGAUUUUGUAUACUUGGCCUGUAAAUAUUAUUUGAAGUUCUAAUAAAGGUUUUAUGUGACCAAA